GCGGGGCGCUGCGAGGGGCUGCUCCGUCAGCGGCGUUGCCUGUGGCGAGCCCCGGCGGUCCUAUGCGCUUGGCCGCGCUGUGGACGGGGGGCGCCGGCGGCAGCGGGGCUCCCCGGGCACAGCCGCCGCCUCGCGGCGAUGCGUGGGGAAGCGGUGCGCGGCCCCGGCGGGCGGCGGCGCAGGGGAGAGCUGCGGGGGCUUGGGGUGGUGUCGGAGACGGCCGUCAGACGGAGGGAGCUCGCGGGGAGGGACGGCGGGGACCGGCGGCCUCUGGGCAGCGCUGUCCCUGCCCGCCACCGCGCUGCUCGGCCGCCCGUGGCGGUUAACGGGCUCCCCGGGGAGCGCCUCCGAACCCGGCACCGCCUUGCUGUGUAAGAGCGAGCGACGGAGAGCGGGCUGCGGGGCUGUUGCCCAAGGCAUUUCCUGAAGUGCUGGGGGAGAAAAAGUAAAAUAAAAAAAAUAAAAAGGAAAAAUUUACUCCAGGUCUUUCUAUGCCAGGAAACCCGUAACAGGUGUCUGGUUUUCAGGUGAAUGCAUAUGUUGGAAAGGCAGGACAGGCCUGAUUCUGCCCACUGACAUUGUGUUCAGAUGUGAGUCGCUGAGCAGGGGGUGAAAAUGCAGCAGAGGCAUAAAGUCUGGUAGUGGCAAGAAGUAUUUUCCUUUGCCCUAUGUCUGUGUUUACAAGAAGCCUGGUGACCUGAGAUGGUUUCCGAUGGCUUUUUCUGGGCUGACAGCUGCUGCUGUACUGAAAGAGGCAUUUUCUGGUCUGCUGUCUACUGAAUUUAUGUAAAAGCUGGUAAACUGUCGCUGAGUCUUAAAUAAAUUUUGAGGCAGACAGGUGUUACUGCAAGGGAAGAAACUGCAGCACAGAGAGAGUGGUUGGCCAGAGAUCUUCCUGCAGAUGUAGCAGCGGGAAGCAUGGGGGAAGUGCCCCCAUGGAACGUGACUUGUGAGAAAAGGAGGUGAAAGCAUUUGCUGCUGUCCCUCUACGGUAAGGUUGGCUGGAGCUAAGAGCAGGUAACUGAAUAGAUUCCAGCUGGGUGAUGUGCCGCAUGCCUGGGGCGAAUGUGUCAGUCAGCACAGAUGGAAAAAGAGUGUAGUUCAGAGAAAGGUGUUUUUAAUCAAGAGACAGGCUGUCAGGGAGCUUAUUGUCCUGACCGCAUUUGCCUUGCUUUUUCAGGCUGCCAGAAGAGAAGGCUCACAGCAGCAGCGACGAGGUUGCCUGGACAGAUGUGCCGGUGGCUAAGGCCGUGCGGACCCGGGUGAAGAACCUGCCCGCGGGCACCAGAGAGGAAGGCAGGGAACGGAGAAGAGUUCAGUGCAAGUCACAUUUGAAGAGGGUCCUCAGUUACCACCAGCAGCAAAUAUAAGCUGUGUGACGUGCAAAGGCCAGUCGGACUGCAGCAUGGUGCUUUACUGCCAUCUGUCUGCAGAAGCCGUGAAAUUCCCUGUCUCUGUAACGCAGCAGUCCCCAGCUGCUGUUUCUGUGGAUACGUAUCAUGUCACUUUGUCUCUGCUGCAGGCUCAGGUGGAGAUCCACUUGGAGGAGAUACAGAAUGAGGGUCUCCUGGUGUCAUGGACAUUCAAGGACAGACCAGACUUGAAUCUGUCAGUUCUUCCAAGAUUUCAACCUCGUGAGAAGAAUGAUGGGAGUGUGGGUCUGUCUACCAUAAAGGAUCUGAUUGAGGAUACCAUUGUCAGCACACAGCCAGCCUUGAUGGUACAUCUGAAAGCCUGCACCGCAGGAACUGGUGUGGUAUCCAGCAGUAAAUUGACUCGAGAUUCCCCAUCCGGUGUAGUAGCAGGCCCUUUAGGUUCAAAGCUUUUACUACGGAAUCUUCACGUGCUGAACUUGGGCUCCCAGGAAAAGGGAGGAGUUGAGGAGAUAUGCUGUGUCGUAGAGCUAGACAGUCCCCCACAGCAGAAAUGGAUGAGGCCAGUGACAGCUGGUAGUGCCGGCACUGCUGCGGAGAUGGAGUGGAAUGAGGAGCUCGUUCUUGAGUUGGGACCUAGAAGUAAGGAGCUGAAGCUACAGGUGCUGGGGAACAGUGGCAGAGGUGAAGAUGUGCUGCUGGCACAUACUACUCUUUUGCUUGAUCCUUUGAGCAAACGGCCAUCCGGGAGACAGAUCUGCUCUCUGGCCCCUGGAGCUGGGCAGUCACUGGCUGCUGAAGCUACCAUCGUACUGGAGCUGCUAUACCAGGAUUCUUCUACAUCUCUAAAUGCUCAGCACGCCACAUCUCUGCGUACCAGCAUCACCCCCACCAAGAAGGUGGAGAUGGACCGGACCAUCAUGCCUGAUGGCACGAUCGUGACUACUGUCACCACAAUUCAGUCCCGGCCCAAGGCCGACUGCAAGCUGGGUGAGGCUGCCCUAAGGCAGGAGUCUUGUAAAGAUUCACCCUCAAGAUCACCAUCCAAGGUGGAAGUGACUGAAAAAAAGACAACGGUUCUUUUGGAGAGCAGCUGUCCUCGCAGCCUUUUGCCCAGCAGUAGCAGGGACAGCCAGAUGCCUAAUGGCUUGGAUCCGGUGGCUGAGACGGCAAUCAGGCAGCUAACUGAGACAAAUAACAAGCCCGCAAAGAAGACCCCAACAAAACGUAGCACGCUGAUCAUCUCGGGAGUUUCAAAGGUACCUAUUGCUCAAGAUGAAAUGGCACUUUCUCUGGGUUAUGCUGCAUCCAUGGAGGCCACAGUGUAUGGGGCUUCUGGGGCGGUGAGUGCAGCUGACCAGAUGCAUGAUUCCACUGAAUCGUCACAGCUGCUGGAAGCGUCGCCAUCAGGACAAGGGGCCAGUCAGGAGCUGGAUGAGACAACGCGAUCAGACAUCUCUGAGAGACCAUCCAUGGAAGAUGUUGAAUCUGAAACUGGCUCCACAGGAGCCCUUGAGACCAGGAGCUUGAAAGAUCACAAAGUUAGCUUUCUUCGGAGUGGUACCAAGCUCAUCUUCAGGAGAAAGACCAAGCAGAAGGAAGCCGGCCUGAGCCAGUCACAUGAUGACUUGUCCAAUGUCACCACUAGUUCUGCCAGCAAGAAGAAAGCCGGCAGCUUCUCCCACCGCCUCAUCAAACGCUUCUCCUUCAAGUCUAAAUCCAAACCUAAAGCUAACGACAGCACAACAGGUGAGAACUGAAGGAGGGAGAUGCUGGUUGGAAAGAUUAUACAGAAAUCCUAUUUUAGUCUUUUGUCUUCCCACUCCAUGGUAUCUGAGUUCUGCAGUCCAGUUCCUUCCAACCUUGGCAGAGGGAAGACACCCCAGUGCUUUACACUGUUUGGGGAGCAAAGGUAGUGUACCCAGGGCUGAGACUGCACAGCCUUCUCUGACUGUUAUGCUCUCCCCAAAAAAAUCCAGCAGGCAUGCUAAUCCCCUUGGGGUUCCCAGGAGCUGCAGAAGUGACUCUGUAUAGCUGUCCAGCUUCACUAGGUGCUUCCUGGGACCUUUCAAGUGACAGCCUCAGAGUUAAAAACUGAGAAACUGCCAAGUUACCUGCAUUUUCAAGAGCUGCGGAAUGUAGCCUUGCUCCAUUCUGCUCUUGAGAGAGAAUGGUGCAGUUGCUGGCCAUUCUGUUGUUGCUCCUUCUCGAUGCAGAGGCUGUAACGUGACUGAGGUGUGGUGUGGGAUGAUGUGUGCAUUCCUGGGCUAUGUGCUGUGAGCAGAACAAGCUGCUGUUCCCCACCCAGAUCAGCUGUUGGAAUGGUCUCCGUUUCAGAAGGUGUGGAGGGUGCCUUUUUUCUGUGCUAUACUGAUGAAGAAAGGAGUCUAAGAAGGAGGAAACCUUAACCGCUAGAUGAGUUUUUGUAGAAGACCAAGUCCUUGCAAGAACAUCUGUUUGCUGCUUUUGGUGCUUCUUUAUCUAUGUUCUGGAGUGGGGAAGGGGCCAUGCUACAUAUUUGUACCAGCCAUCUUCCUGUACAAGUGGAACUGUUGUCCUUGUAGGUGGUUAGGGCCAUCUCUGGUAGGGCACUGGGGAAACAGAGGCUAUGGUCCAGUUCUGUAGUUCUCUUUAGCGGUUCUAACUCCAGUGACUGACGUGCUGGGGAUGAAUAGUGAGGAACGUGGCAAUGCUAGCGAAAGGGCAGUGUGAUGUGGAACCUGAGGCUGUGUGGUGUAAUGAGUAAGGAGCUUACAUGUUUUCACUGAUGAAAGGCAUUUCUUGUAGUAAAAAGCCUUUCUUGAUGGCAUGUGAACUAACCUCCUUCUAGAAAAUGUUAUCCUCUAUGUUUAAAGUGUGGACCUUUCUGCAGCGGGUGUUUUUUGAGGGAGAGCUGCAUGGGGGGAAAAAUCAGCUGCUUGCACAGGAGGAAACUGCCCUUCUAAAUGAAUGUUUUUCCAGUCUCUUGAAAGACGUGCAUUGUGAAUAUCCCAAGAGGCCCUGUUUGGAUGAGUGUAGCAACACUCCUUAGAAAAAUGCGUAUUAAUUGUUAAAGUAGAUUGUUUGAAUGGAAGCUCUUGCUUUUCUGCAGAGCUGUAGAGAUAGGGAAAUGGGUCAAAGGGGAGGAAAAGAAAUAUGGUAGAGAGAUCAUGUAAGCUUGGCUGGGUUCUUUAGCUCUGCUCUCCUGUUAAAAUACCUCCUGACGUGGGGGGCUCUUGCUAUACUUCAUUUAAGAUGCAACACAAUUGGAAAAGUAGUAGUACUCUGAAAUUGUUUGUGAUACAAUGCAUUGUGUUAUUCAGAAGGACAAAUCCUGGGUUACUGAUAAGGCCAUGUGCUAUUUCCAAAGACUGGAAUGUGUUUGGUAUGCCGUUGUGAAACAAUUUACAGGCAGGAAUUUUAGAGUGCAUCUCAAAAGUAUCAGGAAGUUGGGAAGGCCAGAGUCACCUGGGGCUUGGAUUGAAAGUGCUGAUGUAUGUCAAAAGAAGAAAGGAUUCUCAUUCUGAAACUGUAUGUUCCCUACAAGGUUGGACAUGCCAGAUAAAUGGGACUGUUCUAGCUGGCUGACCAGGAACUUCUCCAUCUAUUUCUUCUGGUUUGGAAGUCUUUCUGUUAUCCCCAAGCUCUUUCAUAUAGUUUAUCCUUUGUUUCUUUACUUGUCCAUAUGGUACUGUGGCUAGACCCUUAUGUCUUGAGUUGCGAGCUGCAUUGUGCACUACAGAUGUCAGAGUGCUUGCCCUUUCUCACCAAAAAUCAUUUUCCUUGAUGCAAGUAAAUAGUUCCUGCUGUACCACUUCUGGAAGUUGGCAGUCUGUGGCUGGCCUCUAGUGAUCCAGCUGCUGGUUUGUUGUAGCCUUCCUUCUCCAGGUUGGUUGGGGAGUCAUCCGUGGCACUGUCAUUCACAGGUGUGCCCUUGUUCCCAGUGCCCCAGUUCCCAGAGGGUUUGGUUCCAGUUUGGUGUUCUCUCUUGCACCAUCGCUCUGUCACUAACAUUACUUGACACUCUGUUUUUUGUCGUUGUUCUUUCUUAAAUGUGCUGGCUGAGCCUAGACAGCGCCACUUCUCUAGUGGGAUGGCUGUGAAACCUUGCAUUAGAAAUGGCUGUUUGAACUGAAGGGAACUUUAGGAAGAGCCAGCAGCUUUUCAGUUACAGAUUUAUAAUUGGACCUUCUGUGAGUCUAUUUUAAUAUUCACAUGUUCUUUAAAACCACGAGCAGUGUGAGCUACCUUGGCAUGGAGUUGCUGCUGGCAAAUGCCCAGGGCUCCCACCUGUACUUCUGGAAUGUGAAUUUGGGACUUGUGUGUGUAAGAAGGGCUGUGAGGGAUAGCAAGUGCUGCCUUUCUUGGCAUGGGUCACUGGAAAAUGUCAGUGAGGUUCUCCUCUGGUAAACACUUAGCUAGUUUUUAACUAGAAUAGUUUGCUCUACCUUGCAGGAAGGAGGCGAUAGGAAAGCUUGAAGUAAAGCCAAAACUAGAGUUCCUCACCAGCCUAAGGGGACUGAGGAAUUUUUUCUAGCUGCAUAAGAUGGGCAAUUCCUGGAAUACAUCCAUGGGCCUUACUGAACUUGUUCCCACUUUGUGGGAUACUCCAGGAUAUGGCUGUUAAUGAGUGGCAAUGGAAUUACUAUUUUUGAUUUUGAGUUUUGACCUGUCGGAAAUAUUUGGAAUAUCCUGCACUGUUGUCCAUAGAAUGAAUGGUACACAGGGUGCACAAUAGUGAUUGUGUAUUCUCCCUUGAAUUUUUGGUGGCGCUCUUUAUCACAGGCAGUAUAUUGGAUAUGAAAGUUUGUUGUAGAUAUCUGGCUUGCAGCGGAAAGGGUUAUUGUCAAGUUCAGAUGGAGUAUAUCCCCAAACAUUAAUUCCUGCAUCUGCUUAUGUUUUCUUUCUGCCACAUCAUUGCUCCUCAAAGUUCUACAGUGUAGGACUGAUAUUGUAGCCUUUGAUUUCCUACAAAAUCUUCUCUGAGUGCAGAAUAUUUUUUUCAGAGUAUUUGGGUAAGCUGGUGUUUGAAGGACAGUGGGGCAAGGGAGAAUGGCACAACUGUGUGCACUUGGAGUAUUUUACUUUUGGUACGUUACUGAUUUAACGCAUCCAUCCUUCAUAUCUGUACAUGAUUUCCUUUCUCUCGUGCAAGGUUAGUUUUGUCUUCCAAAGUAUUAAGUGUCUGUUUUUUUUGUAGUCCUGGCUAUGUGAGCAUGUGUGAAUCUCCUGACUUACUGAAGCCAAGAAUGGUAACAAAUCCACCUUGAGGGGAGAUGUGAUUAUCGGCCUGAGAAACGAUUCUUGUAUCCUAAUAUCCUAACUUUCUCAAAAGGAAGGGGAAGGUCAUGGAAGUCUCUGGUCUGCAGAAACUGUAGAGAAGGUCCCAUGGAGUUUUCACUCAUAAAACUGAUGUAUAAAAAAUCUGUUUGUAUUCAGUCACUGCCUGUGCUUUCUGCUUUAAAACAAAAGAAAUGGUGUUUGAAAUCAGCUUUUCCCUGUUUAACUUCUUGUGGGUACUCAUGCCCUCGCCUUGGUGCCAUUGCAGGGUCUGUGGUAUUUCAUAAGGACUGGGACCCCAGAGUAACAACAGUGUGCACCAUGGGCUGCCAUCUAACUUUUUGGACUCAAAAGAUCUGCCAUUGGUGUCUUAAGGGCAGGCUCAAUAUUUGCACCUCAUGAAAUUGAUCCUUGACCAGAUAUGUGGGGGAAGAGGAGUGUCAGAGCGGUGGACUUAAACAAAGAGAUGCUUCUGAAAGAGUUCAGCCUACUUAUGUGAGCCUAUAUUCCAAAUGCAACGUUUCAUUGCUGGCUAUGCAAGUAGAAAGAGUGACUUAAAUAAAGCCAAAGUAUACUUUUUUUUCUUCUCCCUGGUGUUUUAGCUGAAUAGAGUUAGGAUUUACAUAUACCAUGUAUUUUCACUUCUUUGAAAAAAAACAGAUUGCUCUAGCUGUAUGCUUGUAACUAUAGUUGUCUGGACACACCCUUUCUCCCUGUUUUGGUAAGGCUUUUAAGAACCUUCCUGUUGAAAAGCCCUUAGCAUCUGCCUGCAAAGGGUAUUCUGUGAUUCUGUAGCCUAUUAAAGAGAGAGAAAAAACAUACAUGUGAAUGAAGGGGACUGCAAAACCUCGUUUCUGGGGGGGAGGGGUACUGUAGGCUUUAAUGUGGUAGAACUUGACUGAGGCCUGGUAGGACAGGGACUCUUUGUCAGGUGAUAGGGUUGGAAUUAGAUGAUCUUGGAGGUCCCUUCCAGUCUAAAACAUUCUAUGGUUCCGUGAUUUGGAGAGGAGGUUCAAGCAUGUACAAUCCAAAGGUAGAGGGAUUGUAUACAUGCAUAUGUGUUUGCAUGUACUUGUGAACGGUGUGUUUUCUGUGAAUACCGAUCACACUGCAAAGUGAAUGGACAGGGUCAGUUAGUGGGCCGGGAGAAUGGCCUUAGGAGCCUCUGUGGUAUCCAUGAAAUAUUUCUAACCCUGAUAUACCUCCCCAGAGGUCAACUUGAGAAAGACAAUCUAGAUACUGCACCUGCGAAUGCCCUCAAAAUGCUUUUGUAGUUGAGGAUGGGUUUUUAGGCAGAUUUGGCUGAAGUGGGCGAGAGAGGGUGGAGACUCUUUCCAGCUGGUUGGAAAGCAGUUCAGGGGAGGGGAGUGUCAUGAAAACUUCACACCGAUGUGAGUGUAAGGGGCACGUCCUGUUUCUACACUAGAUCUGUGUGUAUGUCAGUGUGUAUGCUAAAAAGUGUUCUUUGUUUUAUUUUUCGAUUUGUUUUUAGAGAUGCUGCUUCAUGUGACAGCUACUCUCGUUUACUGUUUGCUAAUCAUAUAGAGAGGUUGUUACUGGGUAGCUGGAGAGAUGCUUGACCGUUGGGUGGAUGGUAUUUGCGAGUUCUGGAGUCUUUUGCCUUGUUCUCCCUUCCCUGCCCCUAGUUCAUGGUGAGUGUAAUGAUAGAGUAACAGUUCUGUUGGUGGUCAAACUUCUGGAAAAGGUCUUUGUCUACGUGUAAGAAUCACAGCUCUUUCUACAAGCGUAACUGCUCCGUACCACCUGUCCUUGCUUGUAGAGGCACUGGACCAAAUACCCAUGCUGAAUCUGAAUUAGCACCCCUCCUUUUGUGUGCUUUUUUAUUAUUUUUUUUGUACUUUAAUACCUUCUUUCUGGGUGGCUUAUUUUAACCCCAGAUUGUUUAAAGGAAAACAAAAAUAGGAACUGUGUAGUUACUUAAGAGAUGAAAAUAAAAUGACUUAAUUCAGAGUAAAUGAAUGAAGUUCUUGCACCUUUGUAAAUGUUGAAGAAUUCCAUUGCUGUGUAAUGGCUGAACCUGUUAACUUAUUAAAACACAUGGAAAUGAAAA